UGCUUGGCGAACAUGGUGCAGAACUUUAUCGAGGACAACAGCGAGAGGCUAUCCGCCGUGAAAUGUGGCCGCAGUCGCUGCAAUUGCUUCAACCCAAACAUUGAUAGUUCUGACGAUGAGUUUGACAUGUUCGGUGGCUUCUCUGACUCGAUCAACGGUGGAUCAACUGGCGACAGCUUCGAUUUCCUAAAGAGUUUGAUUCAAUGCCCGAGCGUGGCGGAAAGGAACUUGUUAGCCGACACAGCCAUGAUCGUCGAUAAGAACAAAAGCAUCAAGCGAAAAGACGAAAUGAGGAAGGUCGUUACCGAUGGUUUGUCAAAUAUGGGCUACAAUUCCUCAAUUUGCAAAUCCCAAUGGGAGAAAUCUUUCACUCUCCCCGCCGGUGAAUACGAGUACAUAGACGUGAUAGUGGAGGGAGAGGAAAGGUUGCUGAUCGACAUUGACUUCCGAUCAGAGUUCGAGAUAGCGCGAUCAACUGCGGCCUACAAGGCGACUCUGCAAUCUCUUCCAUACAUCUUCGUCGGGAAGACGGAGCGGCUGGGUCAAAUCAUAUCGAUUGUGUCGGAGGCAGCGAAGCUGAGCUUGAAGAAGAAAGGCAUGCACUUCCCACCCUGGAGAAAAGCCGACUACAUGCGUGCCAAAUGGCUCUCUCCUUUCACCAGAGCCCAUACUCCCUGCCCAGAGAAGAAGGGUGAUAAUGGAGAGGAAACUGGGGACUGCGGAGAGCUGGAGCUGCUAUUCGGUGAAGAAACAGAGCCAUAUGAGUGCGAUGUUGGGGUGGGGGUGGGCCCGUGGCAGCCCCCGGCGGUGAAACAGAAGCGUGCAGAGAGAGGAGUGAAGAUGGUAACCGGACUGGCAUCUCUCUUCAAAGAGAAACCCUAAGAAAAUUUUGGACAUUUUUGUUUUAAAAAAAUAUUUUGAUAAUGAAAUGAAAUCAUGCUUAUAGAAAAAUAUGGAAAUAUAUAUAUAUAUAUAUAAUCGGGUAGUAAUUAUAUUUGUUUUUUGUUUGCAAGGGAUUAAUAUGGUGUAAGGGGAAGCAAAUCUAUGAUCAAUGUAAUAAAAUUAUUAGAUAAAGUAAUUAAUAUGUUGUAUGGG